AUGGUGUAUUGGGCAAAUCAUCUCUUUGGAAAGCAGAACACAUUUCCAGUAGCAGAGGGUGUUCCUGUCAGGCUGGUGGGUGGGAACAGCUGCUGCUCUGGGAGAGUUGAGGUUCUUCAUGAUGGCCAGUGGGGGACAGUGUGUGAUGAUUCCUGGGACAUGAACGAUGCCCAGGUUGUGUGCAGAGAGCUGGGCUGUGGCUCCGCUGUGUUGGCUCCAGGAAGUGCUCACUUUGGCCAAGGGAAUGGAACAAUCUGGUUGGAUGAUAUGGCAUGCAAUGGAUCAGAGACCUCACUGCACAGCUGUGGAUCACAAGGAUGGGGUAAAAAUAACUGUAACCACGGUGAAGAUGCUGGAGUGGUUUGCUCAGGUACAUUGCAGAGUGUUCCUGUCAGGCUGGUGGGUGGGAGCAGCUGCUGCUCUGGGAGAGUUGAGGUUCUUCAUGAUGGCCAGUGGGGGACAGUGUGUGAUGAUUCCUGGGACAUGAACGACGCCCAGGUUGUGUGCAGAGAGCUGGGCUGUGGCUCCGCUGUGUUGGCACAAGGAAGUGCUCACUUUGGCCAAGGGAAUGGAACAAUCUGGCUGGAUGAUGUGGCAUGCAACGGAUCAGAGACCUCACUGCACAGCUGUGGAUCACAAGGAUGGGGUAAAAAUAACUGUAACCACGGUGAAGAUGCUGGAGUGGUUUGCUCAGAGGGUGUUCCUGUCAGGCUGGUGGGUGGGAACAGCUGCUGCUCUGGGAGAGUUGAGGUUCUUCAUGAUGGCCAGUGGGGGACAGUGUGUGAUGAUUCCUGGGACACGAACGACGCCCAGGUUGUGUGCAGAGAGCUGGGCUGUGGCUCCGCUGUGUUGGCACCAGGAAGUGCUCACUUUGGCCAAGGGAAAGGAACAAUCUGGCUGGAUGAUAUGGCAUGCAAUGGAUCAGAGACCUCACUGCACAGCUGUGGAUCACAAGGAUGGGGUAAACAUAACUGUAACCACGGUGAAGAUGCUGGAGUGGUUUGCUCAGGUGUCAGGCUGGUGGGUGGGAACAGCUGCUGCUCUGGGAGAGUUGAGGUUCUUCAUGAUGGCCAGUGGGGGACAGUGUGUGAUGAUUCCUGGGACAUGAACGACACCCAGGUUGUGUGCAGAGAGCUGGGCUGUGGCUCCGCUGUGUUGGCUCCAGGAGGUGCUCACUUUAGCCAAGGGAAUGGAACAAUCUGGCUGGAUGAUAUGGCAUGCAAUGGAUCAGAGACCUCACUGCACAGCUGUGGAUCACAAGGAUGGGAGAGUGUUAAUGUCAGGCUGGUGGGUGGGAACAGCUGCUGCUCUGGGAGAGUUGAGGUUCUUCAUGAUGGCCAGUGGGGGACAGUGUGUGAUGAUUCCUGGGACACGAACGACGCCCAGGUUGUGUGCAGAGAGCUGGGCUGUGGCUCCGCUGUGUUGGCACCAGGAAGUGCUCACUUUGGCCAAGGGAAAGGAACAAUCUGGCUGGAUGAUAUGGCAUGCAAUGGAUCAGAGACCUCACUGCACAGCUGUGGAUCACAAGGAUGGGGUAAACAUAACUGUAACCACGGUGAAGAUGCUGGAGUGGUUUGCUCAGGAACUUCUAUUCCAAAAAAUGUUUCUGUCAGGCUGGUGGGUGGGAACAGCUGCUGCUCUGGGAGAGUUGAGGUUCUUCAUGAUGGCCAGUGGGGGACAGUGUGUGAUGAUUCCUGGGACAUGAACGACACCCAGGUUGUGUGCAGAGAGCUGGGCUGUGGCUCCGCUGUGUUGGCUCCAGGAGGUGCUCACUUUAGCCAAGGGAAUGGAACAAUCUGGCUGGAUGAUAUGGCAUGCAAUGGAUCAGAGACCUCACUGCACAGCUGUGGAUCACAAGGAUGGGGUAAACGUGACUGUUACCAUGGUGAAGCUGCUGGAGUGGUUUGCUCAGAUCUCCUAUCAAUGUCUUCUCUUUCAGAGGGUGUUUCUGUCAGGCUGGUGGGUGGGAACAGCUGCUGCUCUGGGAGAGUUGAGGUUCUUCAUGAUGGCCAGUGGGGGACAGUGUGUGAUGAUUCCUGGGACACGAACGACGCCCAGGUUGUGUGCAGAGAGCUGGGCUGUGGCUCCGCUGUGUUGGCACCAGGAAGUGCUCACUUUGGCCAAGGGAAAGGAACAAUCUGGCUGGAUGAUAUGGCAUGCAAUGGAUCAGAGACCUCACUGCACAGCUGUGGAUCACAAGGAUGGGGUAAACAUAACUGUAACCACGGUGAAGAUGCUGGAGUGGUUUGCUCAGGAUCGAUGACAAAGCCUUCAGCCUCCUUGCUGUCCAGUUACCCUUCAUUUUUACCUGGUGAAGAAGCCAGCAUCACAUGCACUGGCCCCUCCAGACUGCACACCAGCACUGAUUUCUAUCUGUACAGAAGCGGUUCUGGAAACUACAUCACAAAACAAAGAGUUGGAUCUUUACAGACCAGCAUGACUUUCAUUCUGUCCGACCUCUCCGAGUCAAAGCAAGGCAGCUACAGCUGUGUGUAUAAAGUACAGGGGAGAAGUGAGACCUUCAGCUCCCCUCGCAGUGACCCUGUACACAUCACAGUGGUGUUUCUGAAGCAGCCGCACAUCUCUCUGAGUCCGGCUGGCGGUGCUGUUGAGAGAGGAUACAGUUUUGAAAUCACUUGCAGCUCUACAGAACGCUACACAGAGAGCACCUUCCUCCUCUUCAGAGUCUCUGCAGGCUUCAAUGAGAGAUGGAACAGAGCAGCACCAACCAUCAACCAGUCUGCCCUCUUCAGCUUCCCUGCUGCAGACUCCACACAUGAGGGGAAUUACUCCUGUCAGUAUCAGACCCGGGUAUCGGGGAGAGUGUUUGAAUCCCAGCUGAGCGAGAUGCUCCACGUCACAGUCACAGUCACAGUGUUGGUAUCUCUGAUCUGCCACUGUCCUGAAUUUCAGUGUCAGUAUCUCUGA